UAGCCUACAGUUACAGUGGAAAAAAAAAUGUAAAACACGCCGUCGUUCAAUUCAAACACACACAGUCACCGUCACUUGCUAUAGACUAAGAAAAAUACGACACCUUAAUGCUGCGACUUGCGCUGCGAAGAGCUUCUUCAACUUCCACAUCCACCGUCGUCAAAUCCUCUUCCCGGUCUAUUACCGGUUCGGCUUCCAAACCGAGCCUAUCAAUAUGGAGGCGGAAGAAAGAGUUGGGUAAAGAAGGUCUCAUCAUCACCAAAGAGCUCAAGAGACUCCAACCCGAUCCGGUUCGUCUCGACCGCUUUGUCCGGUCUAAUGUUUCCCGCUUGCUCAAGUCCGACCUCGUCUCUGUACUCUUUGAAUUCCAAAGACAGGAUAAUGUCUUCCUCUCCAUGAAGUUGUAUGAUAUAAUUCGUAAAGAAAUAUGGUACCGGCCGGACAUGUUCUUUUACAGGGACAUGCUUAUGAUGCUUGCAAGAAACAAAAGGGUGGGUGAAACAAAGAGGGUGUGGGAUGAUUUGAAAAGAGAGGGAGUUUUAUUUGAUCAGCAUACAUUUGGAGACAUUAUUAGAGCCUUUCUAGAUAGUGGAUUGACCUCAGAGGCUAUGGACAUAUAUGAAGAAAUGCGACAAUCUCCUGAGCCCCCUCUGUCAUUGCCUUUUCGUGUAAUAUUAAAAGGACUCAUUCCAUAUCCAGAGUUAAGAGAGAAAAUAAAAGACGACUUUUUAGAGAUUUUCCCGGAUAUGAUCAUCUAUGACCCUCCUGAGGACUUGUUUGAAGAUCAUGAGAAGCACAGGGAUGGAACAAAUAGUGACUUUUAUUGAGUUGGUGAUGGAUCUUAGUGGACCUCCUUGCGUUAAGGACCUGACACCUGGAGCAUGAACAAAUAUGCGGCGAAUAAGAGAUUUUCUGAUGCACUGUGCUGUAACAAAUUCUUUUGACAGAGAUAUUAAAGUUUGCAGAAUAUAUUUAUAUACUGAAGCAGCCUGAUGCCAUGCAAUGUUGAAAUGUGGUAGCUGAUGUUUCGAGUAACCUCAUUUGUUCGCAUUUUUGUGAUGAUCCCAGCGUUGAGAUUUUCCUAUUGCCCUCUCUCGGACUCUCAUCAUUGUGCUUUAUACAUAUGAAUCUCAACAGUACGAGUGAAUAUUGAUGAUACAUUAUCUGAUUUCUUAGGUUAGAAAUAAAUGUUCUUCAAUGUGGUAGUAGUAGUAUACAAAUGUUUUAUUUUGAUAACUGUAUUCAGUGUAUUUAAUUUGGUUCCAUACUUGAACUAUUUCUAUCAAAUUAACAAGCCUAUGAAUCUAUUACUACCACUGAAGUAUCUGGAUAUGCUUCUCAAGUUAGAGGAAACCUCAUUACUUUUCAAGAGUUUGAGUUUUUAUGCAAUGUGCUCAAUCUGCUCGAAAUCUUUUUAACCAAAGAAAGCAUAUGACUAUUUUAUUAGUCAUUUUGAAAUUGAAACAUAAAAAUACAACUUAGGCCACUAUAAAAAAUGGAACUAAAAUAACUAUAAAAUUUAAUGUUGGAUUUUGCCGGAAGAAGUUGGCACAAUUGGUUAAGGUCAAGUUUUGUUUAUUUUUGGGAA